AGGGCUCAAGAGUCAGGUUACCUGGAAUAGUUUUUGUUUUGUUUUGUCAGCAGGGCUUGGUCACUCAAAAACAACGCUCCCUCUGAAUCCGCAGAGCGUCGAAACACAACGCCGCACACCAGCCCCGUUUAUUACAGCCCUGGGGUUUUCAAAGAGGGGCAAGUCAGGCACCCUUCAAGCCAGAUUCGGUUACACAGCCAGAGAGAGAGAGAAAGAGGGAGAGAAUCAAGCCAGGUCUUUUAGUUGAAGUCAGUGGAGAGGACAAGUGAGUUUACAGGGGGAGUCCCACCUCCAGGGAGGGAGGGCAGUGUUUAGAUUGUGCCCCGUGUUGGAAGAAGUGCAUCUGGGCCUUACCAGGAAAGACAACUGCAUCAUGUGGACGAUCGCCCAGGUGCCUGAGGAAAGCGUUAAACCAUUGAAUCCCAGGCAACACGUGGUUCCACGGCCAGGCCGCCACAGAAGGCCCAUGACGGCUCCAAAGACUCAGAAAGACAAGGCGUCUAAGAGGAGGAGAGUUUUGCUGACUGUCUUGACAGUUGUGGUGUUGCUGGGCAUACUGGUCACCGCAGGAUACUUCAUCAAGAAGUUAAUUGACAGCAAGUAUUUCUUCUGCAAGCGCUCGGUGAGAUUCAUCCCAUUAGACCAAGCCUGUGACGGGAAAGCAGACUGUUCUGGAGGAGAGGAUGAAGUUACUUGCGUGUCAAGCUUUACGGCCAACGCUACCUUUCCAGUGCGCCUCAUGACAGCUCAGCGAGUCCUGCAGGUGUACAGUCCUGGCUCGGGCUGGCGCAGUGUGUGUGGUGAGGAGUGGACCCAGCAGCACACACAGACGGCAUGUAAACAGCUGGGAUACACAAAUAACCCUCGCAGCAGCACGGUCCUUGUGAGCACUUUAAUAGCUUCCAUGAAGACCGGACCAUUCACAGCUGUCAGGCCCGGGACCACAAACACACCAGUACAUCAGGCUACCACUGACCGAAGCGUGUGCAGAUCUGGAUCUGUGGUGUCUUUGUCCUGCUCAGAUUGCGGAGAGGUGGGCAAAGACGACCGCAUUGUCGGGGGCACGGACGCUCUCAUCGAGGACUGGCCCUGGCAGGUCAGCCUGCAGCAGGGAGGCCAGCAUGUGUGUGGAGGCUCCUUGGUGUCGCCACGCUGGGUUGCCACUGCCGCCCAUUGUUUCACUGGCAGCAAAAAGGAGCUGACUCGCUGGAGAGUGGUGUCAGGCCGGACAUUCAUGGGCACGCUGGGAGGCUCCUAUGUGGACAGGGUCGUACUGAACGGAAAUUAUGAUCCGGCCGGAAACGACUAUGAUAUCGCACUGAUGAGACUCAGCAGCCCGAUCUCAGUGGGAGAGAGCCGCAAGCCGGUUUGCCUACCUCCUAAAGACUUUGGGCUUAGUGCCGGAGCCACCAUGGCUGUGACUGGCUGGGGAUACCUCGAGGAAAAUGGUAAUGUCUCUCCUUCACUUCAGAAGGCUUCUAUCCCUCUGAUAGACCAGUCCACGUGUUCCAGCCCCUCGGUGUACGGCAGCUCCAUAACACCAAGGAUGAUCUGCGCGGGCUACCUGGAGGGGAAAGUGGAUGCUUGCCAGGGGGACAGCGGGGGUCCUUUGGUGCACUUCACCUCCUCUCAGUGGCAUCUGGUAGGAGUGGUAAGCUGGGGCGUCGGCUGUGCCCGGGAGAGAAGACCAGGAGUCUACUGCAACGUUGAAGAGAUGCUCAACUGGAUUCGUACAGUCAUUGAGAAAAACCCCUGAGCUCCGCCACCGCGACAAGCAGCCACUACAAGACCGCAGUCCAGCCCUGCGGACAGUCGGACAGACUGUGAAACUGAAAGAACUCUUUUGUUUCGGCGUGGUUGACAGGAGUUUUGAGGAAGAAGUAGAGAAACGGGGAAGUUGAAGCUCGAUCUCAGCAGCAGUGCAGAUGAACUGUCAAACACAGCCUUAUGCAAAAACACUGCACAACACACUCAGCACACACUAACUUAUUUUCCAGUGCGGUUUGUGUCAUUUCAGGUUCUUUUCUCAGGGUACAAGUACAUUAAUGUUUCGUGUUGCUGGUCAGUCUGGGACCUUUUUUUUUUUUUUUUUAGUUUUUUAUAGUGUUAUAAUUUGAUGGACCCAAUUCACUGAUCCGUGCCUUCUAUCAGAUGAAAAUAGAAUAUUUGAUCAAUGCCAAUGAUUCAACAUUAAGUGCACAAACUGUUUUAAGUGUGUUUAACUGUGAAGACCAGACUGGCAGACCUCAGACAUAAUGUACUUGAUUACUAUGUGUUUUGAUUUUCCGUGUGCAAUGAUAUACUAGGGUUCAUAUGGUGUCGAGAGGUAAAGGUAGACCUGUGCUAUGCUACAGCCAGCAGAGGUCAGUGUGAAGCCUCAGGUUAAUAUCGCCGAAUAUUGAAAAAAAAUAAAGCCAAGUCCAGGACUUGAAUGCAUACAUGGUGCUGAUUCAGUCCAUCUAAUCCGAGUCCAUUUUAAAGGGCGAAUGCACGGUUUUUUACAGCACAGACUUUCUGCUCACAGAUUGAUUCACAUGAGCACUUUAAGUGGAAAGUUACUUGACCUUACUGUGUGUGUAGUUGAUUCAAGUCAAAUACUGCGCUGAUGAAUUUCCAUAGUGCCUCAACAGUGAGUUCAUAUGGCACCACCUUCAGAAAAUUGUAGCAAUGGUGACUGAGUUUUCACCGCCACAGCUGAACAGAUGUAAAUGUUAUUUCCUAAAAAUGUAAAGGUAAGAGACAGGCAGUAAAAUGUACAUUCUGUGCACGCAGGCCAAACCCCUGUCAUUUUAAAGUAAUCAUCAGAUUCGUAGCAAAGUAAACAUAGUCAUCAACCUGUGUUUAUUUCUCAUUCUCAAAAGAGAAGUAUAAAUUGGCACUUCUGCUUUAAUAAAAAAAAAACAUAUUGUAUUAUACUGUAUCAUAUUAUGGGAUAGUUGGACAUGAAUGACAUUUCUUCUGAGGUUUGCAUAUAGUAUGGUGAGUGCCACGGUGAUUUUUAAUAUUACGAUUUGACUGUAAAUAUGGUACAUUUUGUUGAUUUUUAUAUGUAUGUAAAUAGGUUGUUUAUAUAAUAAAGACAUUCUUCUCUA